AGAAGUUCCGCGAUCCCAGACAACAUAGCCAUGACGGAGCUGACUGAAUAUGAACGCGAACGUCUCGCAAACAUCGAGCGCAACAAAGCCUUGCUAUUAGAACUCGAACUCGCCCAACCCGAACACAAAGCCCCCCGCGCUGCUCCCGCCUCAAAACCAAAAGCGACUCCUCGUACCCGUACGCCGCGCACAAAACGCGACUCCCCGGUCCCUCAACGAACCUCCGCGCGUCUCCAGGGCAUUACUGCGACAAGUGAGGUCAUCGCCAAACGCGCCGCGGAAGAGGAGGCGGCGGAACGGUUGUUGAAGAAGACGCGGAUGAGGGGUGAGCAUAAGUUUGCGGAUAUUCUGGCGGAGAGCUCGAGAGAGAGCUGGGAGAGUGCGCAGAAGAUGUUUGGGGGGUGGCCCGCUGCUGCUGUCGCGGACGCAGUGGAGGAGGGUUCGAAGACUUCGGAGACGGAGGUGGAGAAUGUCUCUGGGGAGAAGAGUGAUGAGAAGGAGUUGGCAGAGUUGAGGGAUAAGAUCGGUGGGUUGAAGCUUUACGAACGGUGGGAACCGAAUCAGAUCAGGAUUACCCCGGAGCGGAUCUACCAUAUCGGCAUGCACCCAGACUCUACGCGAAAGCUUGUGUUGGCAGGUGACAAGACCGGUGUACUGGGUAUCUGGGACGCAGACUCCAAACGCGAGGCAGCAGAGGAAGACGAAGAGGACGCCGCAGAACUCCCCCUCAUCCACCAAUUCCGACCCCACAACCGUACGAUCUCCUCUUUCGCUUUCUCACCCACUAACGCGCAAAAGCUCUACACGACAUCCUAUGACGCCUCUGUCCGCCUCCUCGACCUGCAAGCCGGCAUUUCAAACGAGAUUUUCGCGCCGGGAAAGGAUGAGGAUGAGGACGAAGCGCCCCUCAUCUCCGCAUGCGAGAUCACACCUGAAGGCAAUGUCGUCUACAUCUCUGACUUCGCGGGCCGGGUCCAUAGGUACGAUACCCGCGCCCCUCGCACCGAGCUGGAGACGUUCCAAUGCCACGAUAAGAAGAUCGGGGGGAUGAGUAUGCACCCACUCGCGCCGUGGUUAGUUGUUACGUCUUCAAAUGAACGGAGUUUGCGCGUUUGGGAUUUCAGGAAGAUUGAGAGUGGGGAGGAAGGGGGAAGGCACCCGUGUAUGGUGGGGGAGUAUGUUACGGAUAAGAGUAUCUCGUCUGCGUACUGGAAUCGGGCGGGACAGAUCGCCGCGACGAGUUAUGACGACACCAUCACGAUUUUCUCCGAACCCACCUGCACAACUUGGUCACCCGGCUCAAAGGACCUCGGCGCCAUGACUCCUAGCCAUAAAAUCCCACACGACAACCAGGUCGGACGCUGGGUCACCAUUUUCCGGGGACAGUGGCACCAAAACCCCGUGAGUGGAGUGCAGAAAUUGUGCAUAGGCAAUAUGAGGAGGAAUAUUGAUGUUUAUUCGAGGUUUGGGGAGAGGGUCGGGAAGUUGGGAGAGGGGGAUGCGCGGAUUACGGCGGUUCCGGCUGCGGUGCAGUGGCAUCCUAGGGAGGAUUGGGUUGUUGGUGGGACGAGUAGCGGGAAGGUUGUUUUCUAUCAGUAGACUAUGGUUCGAUACUCCUUAGACAAGCUUUAUCAAAAUGCAAUGCAAUUGGGGCUGUGCUUCAUAUCUCUG